CUCCCUUCUCUCGUCUUCUCACCCGUCACCUCGUCGCAUAUUUGUUUUAUACCCAGUUACAGUCUGAUAUAUACGUAUUAUCCGUGAUCUAUUACUUGCGAUAAGUGGUGUGGUUCGAGCCAUGCCGAUGGCGGCCACAUUCCCUUCACAACUUCUCCGUUCGUCUCGAUGCUGCGCAAACCAAUGCACGGGAAUCUCCCGGCAAAUACAAUCGCGAUCGUUUCAUUGUGCCAGCAAAUCAUGUUAUGAACGCAAAUCAUAUAUCCAAUCACCGAGAAAGCGCUCUAAUAGCCAUGCAAGGUCCUUUCAUUCAUCUGCUCCUGCCCAGGCGACCGUCAAAGAUCCUUAUAAUGUCCUUGGGGUGAACAAAAAUGCCUCCGCCUCCGAUAUCAAACGUGCGUACUACGGGCUAGCUAAAAAGUACCAUCCCGAUACAAACAAGGACCCCAGUGCCAAAGACAAGUUUGCGGAGGCCCAGUCCGCCUACGAAAUGUUGUCGGACCCAGAGAAAAAGAAGGCUUAUGACCAAUUCGGAGCGCGAGCAUUUGAUCAGAAUGGCGGCUUUAAUCCUCACGCUGCUGGCGGCGGCCCGUUCGGAGGUGCCUCGGCCGGCGGCUUCCAUGGCUUCGGUGGAUUUGGCGGCGAGGUUAACUUUGAGGACCUCUUUGCGCAUGCGUUUGGCGGCGCAGGCCGGCGUCGAACUUCAAGAGGUUCACCGUUCCAGUCAACCGUGCUUGUCGGUGAAGAUAUCGAAGUUCAAACGAACGUUUCGUUCAUGGAUGCGGCAAAAGGAACCAAAAAAGAUAUUUUUAUCACCCCUCUGGUCAAGUGCAAUUCUUGUCAAGGAGAGGGUUUAAAACCCGGAAGAAAGAGAUCACAAUGCUCCGCCUGUGGAGGAUCAGGAACAACGGUCCAUAUUAUGGGCGGGUUCCAAAUGGCGAGUACCUGCGGAGCCUGUGAUGGCACAGGUAGCUCGAUUCCUAGAGGCGCUGAGUGCUCAAGCUGCCAUGGAAACGGAGUCGUUAGAGAACGACGCACCGUUCAAGUUGAUAUCCCCGGGGGUGUGGAAGAUGGCAUGAGAUUGCGGAUCGCUGGAGAAGGUGACGUGCCACCUGGAGAGCCUGGCACCCGUAAACAACGAGGCGACCUGUUUGUUUUCAUCAGGGUUGCUCCUGACCAAAGGUUCAGCCGAUCCGGUGCCGACGUCCUUUAUACUGCGUCAAUCCCAUUGACGACAGCCCUGCUGGGUGGUGAGGUCACUGUUCCAACGCUUGACGGCGAAGUCAAGGUGAAAGUGGCCACCGGAACUGGUACUGGUGACCAGAUCACUCUAUCUGGAAUGGGAAUGCGGAAACUGGGUGGCCGCCGCGGAGGAAAUGGUGACCUCAAGGUUCAGUUCAAGGUCGCGAUGCCGAAGUAUCUCACUGCAAAUCAACGGACCAUCCUGGAGGUCCUCGCCGAUGAGAUGGGUGAUAAAACCGCUAAGAGGGUCAUGAACGUGAAAGACGACAGAUUCGCUUCCAGCCCCGAUUCAAAGUCCGAAAAGUCGGCUGAUCCUCACAAGGGCGAGGGUUUCCUUAAAGCUGCUUGGCACAAAUUAAUGAACCAGCACCAUAAGCCAACCGAUUCAAGCACCGAGGGCAAGUCCGACGCCAGUCAAAAGAAGGGCUCGAACCAGGACAACUCUGAUAAUCACGACGAGUCCAAGAAGGCUUCGGGCUCCGGUUAAAUCAAUACUACCCGAGCCACUUUUUUGAUUUUGCUUUUGCUUUUGCUCAUAGCGUUCUUGCAUUGCUUGAGUUUCUUCCAUGUAUAUUCUGCUGAAAAAGCCCGUUUCCCUUUUUGGAUCUGCAUACCGGGAAUACAUACAUUCAUGGUUUAACUUAUAGAUUUAGGGAUUUCCUUCCGCUGUAUUAUUAUUUGGCAAGCUCAUCUCCACUUGCUCUGAGGUUGAAUUAAUGUUCAGGUGUUUCGCAUUGAUCCUUGCAGCGGUGCAUGCGCUUAUGUAUGGUAGCCGAAUAGUGCCUUUGGAAAAGAGGAUUUAAUUUGG